GUUAAGGGGACGCUAAUGACGUCGGACACAGAAAACACUCGAAGACCUGCUACACCAUAAAUCCCUUGAGGCAGCUCGUGCCAACUUCACCACCAACAUUGGGAAAUUCAUUAAACCAUUUGGUAAGGACUUGGUGAAACAACAAUACUGCCGUUAAGAAAUUUUUGUUUGUUGAGACAUAAAGACUCGUUCAGACUUUAGACUUCCACAACACACAAGUUAAUCAGUUCCCUUUCUAUUUCACAAUGAGCACUGAUAUGAGCACGUACAAGAUGAACCACACGAUGCUUCGUGUGAAGGACUUGAAGAAGAGUUUGGAGUUCUACUGUGACAUACUUGGUAUGAAGCAGAUCGAUCAAUGGGUCUUCGAGGAGAACAAGUUCUCGUUGACUUUCUUGGCCUUUGACGGGGACAAUGCUCUUCACCACGGUGUCGAACGCACGAAGAGACAGGGUAUUCUCGAGCUCACUCACAACUUCGGCACUGAGAAUGAGGAGGGUCCCGUGUACAAGAACGGUAACGAUGACCAGUCUCGUGGCUUUGGUCACAUCUGUAUCUCGGUCGACAACAUCGAGGAUGCUUGUGCCUAUUUUGAGUCAAAGGGAGUUACUUUCCAAAAGCGUUUGACCGAUGGCCGUAUGAAGAACAUCGCUUUCAUCCGCGACCCCGACAACUACUGGAUUGAACUCAUCAAUCAAUCCAAGAAGACGCCUAGUUUCAACAAGGCUAACACUCGUUUCAACCACACGAUGAUUCGUGCCAAGGAUCCCAAGGCUAGUCUGGCUUUCUAUGAGAAGUUGGGUCUGCAACUCAUUGACAAGUCCGACUACCCGGAAGCCAAGUUCUCGCUGUACUUCUUGGCUUACCCAGCUGACAUUGCUCGUGGUGACCGUGAGGGCAUUCUCGAGCUCACUCACAACUGGGGCACUGAGGAGCAAGAAGGUCCUGUGUACAAGAACGGCAAUGAUGACGAGUCUCGCGGUUUCGGUCAUGUUUGCAUUUCUGUAGACAACAUUGAGGCCGCUGCCGAAAAGUUUGAGAAGGACAAGCUCAACUUCAAGAAGAGACUCACCGACGGUCGCAUGAAGGACAUUAUGUUCUUGCUUGACCCUGACAACUACUGGGUCGAAGUUAUCGGCCAGAAGUAAAUCAGAGUCGACUUAUGAAUAACAGAUAGAAGGGAUGUGAGUAAUGAAAUAAUGGUUGAAAUUGAUUGAAGGCAAUGCGUCCGGUCUGUAACGGUGGCACCUUUAAAAAAGCAGAAUUUUCAAGCCAGAAGGGAA